CUUCCUACAGCUGGGACACCGGCCGGCCAACCCCGCAGCCAAUCUCCAGGCGCAACCUCCCAGACUAGCACCCAAAUCGACGACCUCACUCCGAUCUCCACGCGCACCAAGCGGGCUCGAUGCGGGCGAUCUCGUCGGCGGCGGGCGGGAUGCUGCGGGCGAGGCUGCGCGGGGCAGCGCGCACCCGCGGCGGUGGCGAGGGGGCCGGGCGCUGGACGACUCCGGGGCACGAGGAGCGGCCCAAGGGGUACCUUCUCAACCGGCCGCCGCCGCCGCCGGGUGAGUCGCGGAAGUGGGAGGACUGGGAGCUGCCCUGCUACGUCACCUCCUUCCUCACCGUCGUCAUCCUCGGCGUCGGGCUCAACGCCAAGCCCGACCUCACCCUCGAGACCUGGGCGCACCAGAAGGCGCUCGAGCGCCUCCAGCAGCAGGAGAUCGCUGACGCCCAGGGCGAGUGAUACGCACGUCUCAGGUCACCUCAAACCCUAGACUGCUUCUGAUUUACUUCCAAUAAGAUGGUUGGGAUGUGCGGUCCUGAAUUUCUGAUGUGGAUGUAGCACGGACUGAACACUAUGCUGUUGUUUCUGUCUCGUUUGGGAAUUUACCCGAUGAUGAUGGCGAAUGCCCUAAACAUUUUGAAAUGUUUCGACUUGUAUUAUCUUCUUCAUCCUUCGGUUGUACUACAUGAGCAUAGUUGGGGUUGUA